GGUCUUAGGAGUUGUCCAUUAGGACUUGCAGCUUCCAACCCCAACCCAACUCUCCAAUUCAAAAACUUAAACAAUGACUACAGAAUCAGAGACACCGCGGAUAACGGAGCUCCAUGUAAGGAUGGACUGCAAUGGCUGCGAGCACAAGAUCAGGAAGACCCUGCGUGCCAUUGAGGAAUGUAAACGACAUCUUAAAGUAGUUAUGGAAUGGCUUUGUGAAGGUGUUAGCGAAGUAUAUAUAGAUCAAGCUAACCACAAGAUCACAGUGGUGGGAAUCGCCGAUCCUGAGAGGAUUGUCAAGGCCAUCAGGAAGACCAAGAGGGUGCCCACCAUCUGCUCACACACCGAUCCCGCGGCCGAGGCUCAGCCUCCACCCGCCGAAGGGGAGGCUCCACCUCCCGCCGACCCGCCAGCGGACGCGCCUCCGCCAGCUGAAGCGGCACCGGCGGAGCCCGCACCGGAGAACAAAGAGGCGCCACCCGCCGAGACCCCAGCCACCGACGCCACCGUGAUACACAUGGUGCAUGACUACCCUUACGACCACGGCCACCAUCUGUACAGGGAGCACUGGGCGAACCACCCCGUCGACAUGCACGGCGUCAGAUACGACGCUGCACCUUACCAUGUGACGCACAGCUACAGUCACCACCGGCCGAGCCCUUACGUAGCCGAGUACGGGUACGGGGGCUCUCCUGUCCAAGAAGGCAGGUACUACAGCCAUGACUACUACCCAACCAGGGGCAAAGGAGAUGGCAGCCAGAUCACCUCCAUGUUCAGCGAUGAGAAUCCAAACGCAUGCAGCAUAGCCUGAGAUCAAGAGGCGAUCUGAUGCCAAAGAAGGUUGCAAAAUGCGGAGACAGGUAAUGCUUUUGGCAUAUGUAAUAGGGCUUGUGUUUAGUGGUAAGAUUUGAAUGUGGGGUUUGUGUGAUGUAGUAAGAGGGAGAGUAAGGUAAUGGAAGAUGAAUAAUAAGAUGCUUAGCUUUUAGUGGGAGAUGAUUUUCCUGGCAAUCACCACCAUUUUGUAUUUUCGCUACCCCUUCCAUGCUCCUCCAUCUGAGAUAAUCUGAUAAAGUUGUGGUCCUGUAUGUGGUAAAAGGAAGUGGGGCACAGGUGGUCCACUGUUUCAUAACCA